CGCGCUAGCGGCGCGCGGUGCUUCCUGGGAGUCGGAAGCACGGCGGCCAAGCCGGGUGAGAAGCAGCGCGGGCUCAUGCAGGACGCUGAGAACGUGGCGGCGCCGGAGGCGGCUGAGGAGCGGGCCGAGCCCUCGAGGCAGCAGCCGGUCUCCGAGCCGCCGCCCGAAGACGAGCCGGCGGGGCCUGGCGCGUCCGACGCGGCACGGACGGAAGAGGCCAAGGCCAGGUCGGAGCCGGAGGUGAGGGCCGAGCCGGCGGCCCCACGCGAGGAGGAGACGGCGACGAGGAGUCCGGCCGCGUCGCCCCCGCCGCAGCUGGCGGAGCGAUCCUCGGUGCAGGUCGAUUCCUCUGGGCCCGGGAAGGCUGAGCCCGCUGGGGAGCAGGCGGACGAGGAGGGUGGGCCCGAGGGCAGCGCGGCCGAGGCUGAGCCGCGGGCGGUGGAGAACGGCGAGGCGGACGAGCCCUCCUUCAGCGACCCCGAGGACUUCGUGGACGACGUGAGCGAGGAAGAACUGCUUGGUGAUGUGCUCAAGGACCGGCCCCAGGAAGCAGAUGGUAUCGACUCUGUGAUUGUGGUGGACAACGUCCCUCAGGUGGGGCCUGACCGCUUGGAGAAGCUCAAGAACGUCAUCCACAAGAUCUUCUCCAAGUUUGGUAAAAUCAUCAACGACUAUUACCCCGAAGAGGAUGGAAAGACGAAAGGGUAUAUCUUUCUGGAAUACGCCUCUCCUGCCCAUGCUGUGGACGCUGUAAAAAAUGCUGACGGCUACAAACUUGACAAGCAGCACACAUUCCGGGUCAACCUUUUCACUGAUUUUGACAAGUACAUGACUAUCAGUGACGAGUGGGACAUCCCAGAGAAACAGCCUUUCAAAGACCUGGGGAAUCUGCGGUACUGGCUAGAGGAGGCAGAGUGCAGAGAUCAAUACAGUGUUAUCUUUGAGAGUGGAGACCGCACGUCCAUCUUCUGGAAUGAUGUGAAAGACCCCGUCUCUAUUGAAGAAAGAGCGAGAUGGACAGAGACAUACGUGCGCUGGUCCCCCAAGGGCACCUACUUGGCCACUUUCCAUCAGAGGGGCAUUGCCCUCUGGGGGGGAGAGAAGUUCAAGCAGAUCCAGAGGUUCAGCCACCAAGGCGUCCAGCUCAUAGACUUCUCCCCGUGUGAGAGAUACCUGGUGACCUUCAGCCCACUGAUGGACACUCAGGAUGACCCUCAGGCCAUCAUCAUCUGGGACAUCCUUACAGGGCAUAAGAAGAGAGGGUUUCACUGUGAGAGCUCGGCCCAUUGGCCCAUCUUCAAGUGGAGCCAUGACGGCAAAUUCUUUGCAAGAAUGACGCUGGACACACUCAGCAUCUACGAGACACCUUCUAUGGGCCUUUUGGACAAGAAGAGCUUGAAGAUCUCUGGAAUAAAAGACUUUUCUUGGUCUCCAGGUGGUAACAUCAUUGCCUUUUGGGUGCCUGAAGACAAAGAUAUCCCAGCCAGGGUAACGCUGAUGCAGCUCCCCACCAGACAGGAGAUCCGUGUGAGGAAUCUGUUCAACGUGGUAGAUUGCAAACUGCACUGGCAGAAAAACGGGGAUUAUUUGUGUGUGAAAGUGGACAGGACUCCCAAAGGCACACAGGGUGUUGUCACAAAUUUUGAAAUCUUCCGGAUGAGGGAAAAGCAAGUCCCUGUUGAUGUGGUUGAGAUGAAAGAAACCAUCAUAGCCUUUGCCUGGGAACCCAACGGCAGUAAGUUCGCUGUGCUACAUGGUGAGGCCCCGCGGAUAUCUGUCUCCUUCUACCAUGUGAAGAGCAAUGGGAAGAUCGAGCUCAUCAAGAUGUUCGACAAGCAGCAAGCAAACACCAUCUUCUGGAGUCCCCAGGGCCAGUUUGUGGUGCUGGCUGGGCUGAGGAGCAUGAAUGGUGCCUUGGCAUUUGUUGACACCUCAGACUGCACCGUCAUGAACAUCGCAGAGCACUACAUGGCCUCUGACGUUGAGUGGGAUCCAACCGGACGCUAUGUUGUCACCUCUGUUUCCUGGUGGAGCCAUAAGGUGGACAAUGCUUACUGGCUGUGGACCUUCCAAGGACGCCUGCUGCAGAAGAACAACAAGGACCGCUUCUGCCAGCUGCUCUGGAGGCCACGGCCCCCCACACUCCUCAGCCAGGAGCAGAUCAAGCAAAUUAAAAAGGAUCUGAAGAAAUACUCUAAGAUUUUUGAGCAGAAGGAUCGCUUAAGCCAGUCUAAAGCUUCAAAGGAACUAGUGGAGAGACGGCGAACCAUGAUGGAAGAUUUCCGGCAGUACCGGAAAAUGGCCCAGGAGCUCUAUAUGAGGCAGAAGACCGAGCGUCUAGAGCUCCGAGGAGGGGUGGACACUGAUGAGCUGGACAGCAACGUGGAUGACUGGGAAGAGGAGACCAUCGAAUUCUUUGUCACUGAGGAGGUCAUUCCUUUGGGGAACCAGGAGUGACCUCAGCACUGUGGUGAGACUCCCUCACACUUGGACGGGAACAGUGUCACCAUGCCGUGCCCUGGACCCGAGGCCACCCUUCGCAGAGCACCUCCUGGACUCGGGUUCUUGCUGUGCUUUCUUGCUCUGGACUGCGAUCGCACCUGGGGUUCUUCCAUCCUGACACAGCUCUGUGCCUUCAGCCCCUGGGUCCGCAGUGGAGGCUUCAAGGCUCCGCUCUCACUUUCUCCUUUGGGUUUUAGCAACCAUGUCUGCUGUGGGGCCUCCACACGGCUCCAGGCAGCUCCUCACUCCUGCUGGUGGCAUUUCCAGAGCCCCCGCCUGCAGUUCAGUGGGGCUACCGUUCUUGGACUUGCUGUCCCACAUGGGCCAGUGUUGGGGAGCCUGGAGACCAUCUGGGAGGCUGCACGCCCACCACUUACAUGUGCCAGUGAGCUCUGCAGCACCUGCACCUGUUCAGGUUGUGGCAGGUUCUCUGCACAGGUUGGACGUGGAAAUAAAGCAACCCUGUCUGAAAA